UGUACGCAGUGGGGCGCCCCUUGCCGCCACCUGCUCUUCCCUUUCAACUCCUCCACAUUUUCUUCCUGUCGUGUGAGCCCCCGCACUGUCUGUGCCUGUCAGCACUUCACUUACUUUCCCCUCUCCGGCUGUUUUCGUCCCCAGUCAAGUGUUUUCUUUCCCAUCCCAGUCCCCCCAGUGAGCGCUUCACAAAGUCGCACUACAGGAUAAUUGCAAUGUAAGACAAAUCGCCCCCUCCGUCCGCCCCCAUCCCGAGUGCCAAGUCUCUUUCUAUGACACUUCACCCCCCCCAAUUUCUCUCUGUUUUCUCGAGCUCCAUCUUCUUCUUAUUUCAUUAUUUUAUUUGCUGUGCGCAGUGGCUGUUCCUUCUCCUGUUGUGUUUCACACCUCCCCGCUUCUUCUGUCAUUGAUAUUAUCGCCCCCCUCCUUUUUUUUCUGCUACUAUUUCAGCGACCACCCCCAGAACCCCCAGUCCCCCCCCCCCCGCCUCGUCUCCACGUCGCUCACAGCUCUCUUUCUGUCUCCUUCGCUCCGCAGACUCGGCACAGCUAAGCGACAGCAGCGGCAGCUGGCCGAAGACGAUCGAGCGCUCCGGCGACGGUGGCGGUGGCGGUGGCGGCGGGCGGAGAUGCGGCGGCGCCCCGACAGCCACCUGACCCGAGUGCGCCCCCUCCGGAGGCAGUCCUUAAUGAAGAGGAGCCUCAGUUCGACCGAAGCACCUGCUGGAGCCGUCAUGUCCGACUUCCAGAUCUCGGUCCAGGAGCUCAACGAGCUGCUCUCCAACGGCAGCGGCUUUUACAGCCUGCCGAGCCAGCACUGCAACGAGGUGUACCCGCGGAUCUACGUGGGCAACGCGUUUGUUGCCCAGAACGUGAUGAGGCUCCAGCGUCUCGGCGUCACUCACAUCCUGAAUGCGGCGGAAGGCAACUCCUUCAUGCACGUCAACACCAAUGCCGACUUCUACGCGGGCACGGGCAUCUGCUACCACGGCAUCAAGGCCAACGACACGGAGCACUUCGAUCUCAGCGCCUUCUUUGAGGAGGCCGCAGACUUCAUUGACAAGGCCCUGGCCCACAAGGAAGGCCGGGUGUACGUCCACUGCCGAGAAGGGUACAGCCGAUCUCCGACACUCGUCAUCGCCUACCUCAUGCUGCGCCACAAGAUGGACGUGAAGACGGCCCUCGCCACGGUCCGCCACAAGCGGGAGAUUGGACCGAAUGAUGGCUUCCUGAGGCAGCUGUGCCAGCUUAACGAGAGACUGGCAAAGGAGGGUAAAAUCAAGACAAAAUAGUGCGGUGGAGAUGGAGACGGACGGAAUGGCAGGCAGGUGGGCGGAUGGGCAGGCGUGGCAGCCGCAUUUCGUUAUACCUCAGAAGCGGAGUCUGCGUGUGUGUGGCGUGCGUGUGGGGGGGCAUUGGUGUCUUCUGGGUGAAAUGCUUGGCCGGUGUCUGCGCUCCGUUGGUGAAGCAGGGCGCCUAGUCUUCCACAAGGCCUCAUAGGGGCUAACAUUGUAGACCCAAUAAAGGUGGCAUCCUGACCAUCUGGAGCUGCUGUGGGGACGUAAUGCUGUGCAGGCCUUGAUUGGCCACACUGGCGCAGCAGGGAGGUGGGCAUCAGGCUGCAUCAGUGUCUCUUAAUAGACAGGGUGGGCACUCAGAUGACUGACCCUAUUCUGCCAGUCUCAUUUUUGGGAUUAGCAGAAGCAGGUGUUGCCCUGGGAUGACCGCCACACAGCGACCCGCUCGUCACACAGGAGUUGCUGAUGAAUUUGUCACCACGCCGCAGACUCAGAAGAAAUCUCUCUCUUAUUUAUAGUGCCUUUACACACAAAGUCACCGAAAGCGGGCAUUUUGGCCUGCAGGGUGUGCCUCUCUGCCCCUAACACUAUUUGGGCACCUUUGUAGGCUGCCAGAGAGGUGCAGGAUAACUCUCAAUGUGCCCCCUUGUGGCUGCUUUGGGAAUUGCGGCUUGCCUAAAUGCAGUGCCAGUUUGAAAACCAGAGGAAGCGCCCUCUGUUCUGAAGGUGGCAGGACCUCCGUCUUCCAUAAAUCAAGUGGACCAAGCUUGAUGGGUCUGUGGUGUUGGUCCAGAGAGAGACUGGCAGACACGCUGGACAGCUUAGGUGAAUCAUUGAUCGGUGUUGUUUUUAUAUAGUGCCUUUGGUGGGUAGUGCCCAGGAGGCUGUGGCGCUGUACUUACCCAAUCACAACGUUGCAGACGCAUAGUAGUAGACGUUCUGAUGGCAUCAAGGGCUCUGAUGCCAUUUGGGGUCUCAAUGUGUCCGUUUUUAUUGAUUUUUCUGGACUGUGUAGUGUAGUGCAGUGUGCCACGCAGCUCUGCAUGCCAAACCUGCCCCCUUGUGGAUGAUUAGAUUUAGUCAUGUAAGUCUUUUUGUAUUUUAAAUUAGGAAUUCUCUUUAUUUGAAAGGUGCCUUGUAAUGGGGGCCUCAGUGAAAGGCACUAUAUAAGUUUAAGGUGAGGGGCACAGCAGGUUUGCUGCUGGCUCUGGGCCAGCCUACACAUGCGCCCUUAGCUUGGUACGCCAUGGCUGCCAGUCUGCCCCAUCUGCCACACUUGCCCACGGGUCUGCACCUUCUGUCAAUGUCUUCCUGCCAGGAGCGAUCGGCCUCUUCUGCGCGCCCACGCCGGCCCGUGCCGCCCUGCCCGCUCCUCUACCCCGUUAUCUGUUCACAUUCCUGGAUGCUGCCCAGUCACCAUUGGAGAUGCCUGACCUGAAACCCACAGGAGUUAAAGUGUCGGCCCCCUCUAGCCGAGCCAGCCUUGGGCAGCCCUGCUCCUGAAUACAUUCCCGGGAAGAAGAAGCCCAGAGCCCAGACUGCACUGCCCGCUCUUGGUGAAGUGACCAAUCCCCUGGCACCGUCCAGGAGGAGAAGAACUCGAGUGCUCCUCCGGAGUGCCCCAGUGACCCCCCCCCCCCCAUAUCACCUGGAAGACCCUCUCAAAGGUUACCAUUGGCUGAGACCCCUCCCCCCACCAUCCCCAUGCAGCUGUCACUACUUGAGCCAGCAUCCCUCUGCUGGAAUGAUGUGGCCUGCUGAGGUGACAACGUCACACUGAAUGAUGUCUGCUAGUGCCCCCUAGUGGUCUGGCAGUCUGACUGCAUUUAGAAGGUUUGAGUGGGGUGACCUGAGGCCUGCUGGGUAGUCGGCCCUCUUAGCGUUUGUCUCCUGGGGGAUGAGCGGCGAUUGAUGUGACAGUAUUUUAAAAAUAUAGAAAUAUAUCUCAA